AUAGAAAAUAUCAAAGUCUAUCUCCAUGAGAAGGAGCUAUGGAAGAAAUUUCAUGAAGCUGGCACGGAAAUGAUAAUAACCAAAGCAGGCAGGAGGAUGUUCCCCAGUUACAAGGUCAAAGUGACUGGAAUGAACCCCAAGACCAAAUACAUUUUGUUGAUCGACAUCGUCCCGGCCGACGACCACCGCUACAAAUUCUGUGACAACAAAUGGAUGGUGGCUGGGAAGGCCGAGCCGGCCAUGCCGGGCAGGCUGUACGUGCACCCCGACUCCCCGGCCACGGGAGCCCACUGGAUGAGGCAGCUGGUGUCCUUCCAGAAGCUCAAACUCACCAACAACCACCUGGACCCCUUUGGACACAUCAUCCUCAAUUCAAUGCACAAAUACCAGCCCCGGCUGCACAUUGUGAAGGCAGACGAGAACAACGCCUUUGGCUCCAAGAACACGGCGUUCUGCACCCACGUCUUCCCCGAGACCUCCUUCAUCUCUGUCACCUCCUACCAGAACCACAAGAUAACCCAGCUGAAAAUUGAGAACAACCCCUUUGCCAAGGGCUUCCGGGGCAGCGACGACAGCGACCUGCGCGUGGCUCGGCUCCAGAGCAAAGAAUAUCCAGUAAUUUCCAAAAGCAUCAUGAGGCAGAGGUUGGUGUCCAGCCACGGCCAGCUGUCAGCAAAGCCAGAUGUGAACCCACUCCAUGGGAAUCACCAGAGCCUGCAGCAUUAUCAGUAUGAGAAUGGUGCUCACAUGCAGUUUGCAGCUUCAGAUACUCAAGAUCUGCCACUCAACACCUUCACAGCACAGAGAGAUUCAGGGCUCUUCUACCAUUGUCUAAAAAGAAGAGAAAGCGCUCGGCACCUGGACCUGCCCUGCAAACGCUCCUACCUGGACGCCUCGUCCUCGGUGGGGGACGAUCACUAUUUCCGCUCGCCGCCGCCCUACGAGCAGCAGAUGCUGAGCCCGUCCUACUGCGGCGAGGUGGCCCCCAGGGAGGCCUGCAUGUACUCUGGCUCCGGCGCCGACAUCGCCGCCGUCUCGGCCGUCGACGAUUUACCGCCGCCGCCGCCGCCGCUGAGCUGCAACAUGUGGACUUCAGUCGCACCUUACAGCGGCUACAGCGUGCAGACCAUGGACACUGUGCCCUACCAGCCCUUCCCGCCGCACUUCCCCGCCGCGCCCAUGAUGCCGCGGCUGCCGCCGGCCAUGGCGGGCCAGGCCUCGCAGCCGCCGGGGAACGGCCCCUUCAGCGUCUACAACCAGCUGGGCCCGGCCCCGGGCCGGGAGCGCGGCCCCGCCGCCGCCUUCCCCAGGGAGCGGGGACACCCGGCCGUGUGCGAGCGGAAAGCGCCGUCCCCGCACCUGAACGCGGCCAACGAGUUCCUGUACUCGCAGGGCUUCUCGCUGGCCCGGGAGUCGUCGCUGCAGUACCAUUCAGGGAUGGGCGCUGUGGAGAACUGGACCGACGGGUGACCCCCGAGGCCGCAGCCGCCCUUGUGCUCCGGGACAGUGCAGGCAGCGUCGAUACCUGUGGGUAACUUGCACUUCGCUGAGACACAUGUGCAUUUCCAGAGGGAUCUGUGUGCGUGAAGAGCUCGUAUCUUCAGGCGCACACAGAGUUCCGUCUCCUGUCUCAGUGGGCUGGAUUCAUCAGGCUCUCAGUGACUCCCAAAUAAAUUCAUUCUCGUGUCUUCAUGCAGUAGAAACCAUCCUCAUGACUAACGAGUGACGUAGCUAGUCAUGUUCUUUUGCUUGUAAUGUCAAACAUCCGUGAGCAAAUUUUGGCUAUUUGGGAAAAAUACGAGCUUCGCUUUUACGGUCCUUGGCUCACGAAGCCACAGCUCCCAAAGCUCCGAGGAAAUCCCCGCUCGCUCGGUCGCGUAGCUCAAGGACUGCCGCGGCAGCGCCUCUUUAGCCCUUUGGAUCCCUGGAGAUUCCAAAGGGAUCCAAAUUCCCGAGGGAUUUGUUCCCUGGCAGCGCGGGAGCGGCGGGCCGGGCCCGAGCAGGCCCCGAUGCACAAAUGUCUCCUUUGCCCCCACAGCGGCAUCGGGCGUGGCUGGGGGAAGCGAAGAAGUGAAGAGUUAAGUCCGAGGCCAAACAGCAAAUUAAUUAAUUAAUUGCAGCGUUAGGAACAGACCCAGUGUCUUCAGACUCCCAUCCCUUGAUUGAAUCACAUUUGCUUAUUGCAAUAUAUUUAUGAAGUUUAAGCUUAAAAGUCGCUAAUACUUUCCAGAACCAAUUUCUGUAGUUGCUGGUCCUUGAUUUCUUUCGUAUUCAGCUGAAACGUGCCUUUUGUGCUAUGUUCUUUUCUUUUGCAGCUAACUCAGAUUGUCUUCAGCCUGAAGGAGGCCUAGAGGAAUAUUUUCCCAAUGGUGGGGUGAGGAGGGAAGAGCUCCCGUGCCCCGCCAGGCUUUACAGUGUACAGAUCUUUGCAGAGCAGGUGAAAUCUGUGAGCAGAGCAUUCAUGGAAGGCCCAGGGCCGCUCCUGGCUGUGCCCUCUGUGUCCCUGCGGUUCCAUCGCAGGCGGGGUUUGAUCAUCUCAGAGGCCCCUUCAGCCCCGGUGGCGCUGGCAGGAGCUGUGACACCAAAUUCCCUUUGUCCUCAGCCACAAAGGCCCUGAGCCCCGGGCUGUGCAUGGGUGACACUGAGGUGACACUGAACAGCUCCAUGUUCCACCUUCAGUCAUUGCACAGAGGGGUUUUGUGUCAUUGCUUCCCAAAGAGGCAAAGGCAGAGAGCUGAAAUGCGGCUUUGGGAGUGGGGAGGUGCUUCUGUGCUUUGGUGAAUCCACCCCAGGAGGAGCCCCAGGGAUGGGGGCUGUGCCAGCCCCGAGGGCACAUUCCAACCAGGACAGUCCCUGCAGCCACUCCGCAGAAUUCCUCUGUGGCUGGUGGGGAUUUUGUAACCAGAUUUUGGAAAUCACUACAAUUUUUGCAUGCUCAAUAGCUAUUUAUAUACAUAUAUAUUUUAUAUAUAUAUAUAUAUAAAAAAUUAUAUAUAUCACAAAUGCAGGCCACGUGUCCAAUUCAG